UUUGACAAGUUCAAUCGGCGUUUUUCGUUUUCGCUUGUCAUUCAACAAAAGUUUUCAAUAUUAACAUUUUACAAUGGCUUUAGUGGAUUUUUGUCAUUUGAACGAGAAAAUUAACAUUCGUCCCGGUGACUCCCUUGCUUCCUUUCAGAAUGACGUGAUUGGAUACAGCCAGAACUUUGUAAACAGCGCUCAGUUAGCUGUUCCACCGUUCGCAAAUCCUGCAGAAACCUUGGCACAGUUCAAUAGGAAAGAUGAGACUGGGAAAGAUAUCAAAAUCCAGUUCGACCAUGGUACCACUACUUUAGGAUUCCGCUAUCAGGGUGGAGUACUUCUGGCUGUGGACUCCAGGGCCACGGGCGGCCAGUUCAUCGGUUCACAGUCCAUGAAGAAGAUUGUGGAGAUCAACAACUAUUUGCUUGGUACGCUGGCGGGCGGCGCGGCCGACUGCGUGUACUGGGAUCGCGUGCUCGCCAAGCAGUGCCGGCUGUACGAGCUGCGCAACAGGGAGCGGAUCUCCGUCGCCGCAGCCAGCAAGCUGAUGGCCAACAUGGUGUACAACUACAAGGGUAUGGGCCUCAGCAUGGGGAUGAUGCUCGCCGGCUACGAUAAACGGGGCGCCCAGCUGUACUAUGUAGACAACGACGGUACGCGCACUCCGGGCAAGGUGUUCUCAGUGGGCUCCGGGUCAGUGUACGCCUUCGGAGUGCUCGACUCCGGCUACAGCUGGGACCUCACUGACGAGGAGGCUCAGGAGCUGGGUCGGCGCGCGAUCUACCACGCGACGCACCGCGACGCGUACUCCGGCGGCAUCAUCCGCGUGUACCACAUCAACGAGCAGGGCUGGGUCAACAUCUCCAACCAGGACUGCAGCGACCUGCACUACAAGUACCAGGCGGAGCGUGGGGUCACUGACGAGUACUAGGCUAGGGGGUAGGGUUAUAAAGACUUUUUUGUAAUAAUAAAUGUGUAACUUUAAAAA